UCGGGUGCCGCUCCGGCCCGGCCGCGGAAGGGGCGACUCGGAUGCAGGGCUCUUAGGUGGCCGCAAAGAGGUGCCGGGGCGCAGGCCUACCUCGGAGGACGCCGUGAGGGGGCUGCCGCUGUGGUGGCGGGCUCGGCCCCUCCGCGCCCGAGGCUGGAGUUCCAGUGCCUGGCUGGACGCGGCGCAGGUACCUCCCCGCGGGGCUGAGCCCGGCAGAGGAGAGCGGCGCGUAAUCGCGCUUCGCUCCGUCCCCGGCCGCGGCAGCCGAGGAGUUAAGGCUCGCCCCGCCCGUCCGGGCUCCGCCUCCGUCGGUCCCUCCGCUCGGCAGGCCUCAGACAAGCCGAGAUCCCGAGCGGCCGAGCCCCGCGACUCUUGCACCGGCUGAACCCCUGCGAAGCGGAGCCCCUCGCCCGCCGCGCUCCAGCAGGGAGCACCUGCCGUGCCGAGCCCCAGCCGGCCUCACCGCCCCUCGGCGCCCCCCGCCCCGGGCCGGGCCAAGCGAAGGGGCGCCUCGGCCGCCGCCUUCGCCUCCGCCAUGUGAAUGGCCCUGGGGGUGCUGCUGGCGGCCCCGGAGAUGGACUGGGAGAAACUGCCCCGCCGGCCCGGGCUCUCCCUGCGACUGGACGAGGCAGGGGCGGCCGAGGGGGACCCCCCGGCGGGGGGCUGGCAGGGCGGCGGCGGGCGGCUGCGGCCCUCCUCCUACCGGGCCCUGCGCAGCGCCGUCUCCACGCUGGCCCGUAUCGACGACUUCUACUGCGAGAAGAUCGGCGCCGGUUUCUUCUCCGAGGUCUUCAAGGUGAGGCAUCGCCAGUCCGGGCAGAUCAUGGUGCUGAAGAUGAACAAGCUGAUGAGUAACCGUGGCAACAUGCUGCGUGAGGUGCAGCUCAUGAACCGCCUCUCGCAUCCCAACAUCCUCCGGUUCAUGGGCGUCUGUGUCCACCAAGGCCAGCUCCACGCACUGACAGAGUACAUAAAUGGGGGAAACCUGGAGCAGCUCCUGGACAGCCCCACCCCUCUGCCCUGGCCCAUCCGCGUCAAGCUGGCCCUGGACAUCGCCCGCGGCCUCCGCUACCUGCACAGCAAGGGCAUCUUCCACCGGGACCUCACCUCAAAGAACUGCCUUGUGAGGUGUGAAGAUAAUGGCUACACAGCUGUUGUGGGGGAUUUUGGCCUGGCGGAGAAGAUUCCCACCUACAGUGAGGGUGCCACAAAGGAGCCUCUGGCUGUGGUUGGAUCUCCAUAUUGGAUGGCGCCUGAGGUCCUGCACGGGGAGCUGUACAAUGAGAAGGCUGACGUCUUUGCAUAUGGCAUCAUCCUCUGUGAGACCAUCGCCCGGGUGCCAGCUGACCCCGACUACCUGCCCCGCACUGAGGACUUUGGGCUCGACGUGGCCGCUUUCUGCAACCUGGUGGGAGCCAACUGCCCUGUGACUUUCCUCCAGCUGGCCUUCCACUGCUGCAGUAUGGAGCCCACGUCAAGGCCCUCCUUCCUGGAGAUCACUCAGCGUCUGGAGACCAUCCUGAAGCAGCAGCUGACGGCCAGAGACUCCAGUGUGACCCUGCAAAGCGAGGGGACCAGCACCCCGGGGAGCCCAGCAGCUGUGCUGAACGGUAAAGCGGCCAAGGGCCCUCCACUCUCCAUGACUCUCUCCCCCCUGCUGGACCAACACCUCCUGCCCCCAGACCAGCGCCUCUCCCGGAGCCAGUCGGACAUGUUCCCGCCCGGGUCGCCCUCCGUGCCCUGCGCCCAGGACACUCUGCAGCGGGUCAACCCCUUCUCUCAGCGACACGAUCUCAAGGGGGGCAGGAUCAAGCUCUUUGACACGCCCAGCAAGUCUUUGAUAUCAUUGACCUUUGACCUCCCGCCCCCUUCGCCGUUCCCGCCAGGCACUCCCAUCACCCCGGAGCCCGCAGUGGAGGCGCAGUGCGACUUCUCUGAGCCCGUCACCUUCGUGCGCAGGUGCCACUCACUGCCUACCUCCCCAGAGCUGCCUCGCCGAGGGCAACCCCCACCCCGCAGCGACUGCCUCCUGGCCCUGGACUGCAGCAGCCUUGAGCCCUGCUGCUCCCCUCCCAGUGAGCUCAUGGACUGUAGUCCCGACAGCCCUGCUGCCGCCCUCCCGGAGCCCGAGGCCCCUGCACCGCCUCUGGCCAACGGCAACUUCAUCAGCACCGCUGUGUCUGGGGUGCAGCCAUGGCCCUCCAAUGGGCUCCUCCUGAACAAUAACAGCAAGCCCCUUGGCUGGGGUGGAGGGUUCUCGGAACUGAGCGUGCCUCCCGGCGUGGAGGGCGUGCAGCCAGAGCAGGCCGGGGGUGCGCUGGUCCUGAGCGCCCCUGGCGGCGGCGGCGGCAGCAGCAGCAGCAGUGUGAUGGAGCAGGAGGAGGUGCUGGCCUGUCCUGCCUGCUGCCUCGGGCCCUUCAGUUUCAGCUUUGCCUCCGUCUGCCACCGGGUGCCUGCCGCCAGCACUCCUCGCUACCAGAACCUCAACUGCGAGGCCAAGAGCCUGCUGUGCCCGGACCGGCACCAGCACCACCACAAGGGCUCUGGGCCAGUGUUGUCGGAGCCCAGCCUCAAGUUGCCGGAAGCUCAGUCCUAAAGCUGGCGCAGGCGACGGGACGUGCCCCGUGGGGCGACCGAGGGCUGUGAAGCCACGACGGACCCUCAGCUGGACUCUCAGCCUCAGGGAGGCAGCAGCCUAGUAGAGAGACCAGUUGUUGCCAUGGCAACUCUUGGCCUGCUCUCAGGUCCUGGCAAGGGGGAGCCUGCAGGGGGCUGGGGGCUCAGCCUGUGGCCUUCCGUAGCAAAGGGGCUGCCCAGUGUCUGGACCCCCACCCUGGCAGGUGCCGUUAAGAAGUGGGAGGGGAUCUCUGCCCACAAGCCAGGCUGAAGUGCAAUAACAUGGCUGUUUGUAUACACCCUGUCUCUCUCAGCCAGGGGCCAGUUGCUUUUCCAGGAGACGGAGGCCACUCCCUGGUGUCUGAGACCCCCGUAGGUUUCCUUCUGGCUUUGCCCUACUCAGUUCAGUGCCUCGCUCCCCCCAACCUCUCACUCCCAAACUUGUUCUCCUUAUAGCCUUUGGGAGGCUUUUCAGGCCAGGUGCGGCCCUUCCAGUGUGGGCUGGAAAUUGGGGGCUGAGAGUCCCUUUUCUGCUUGGAAGUGACGGAGGAGAACAAAGCUCCUCGGAUCGUGGCUGGUGUGCGUGUGUCUGUGUGUGUGUGAGUCAGUCAGGAGCAGUUCUGGGACCGGGGAGGCGUUCUCACAGGUGACAUGGGCAAAAAUGCCUUCAGAUAUAGGUAUGGGUGGGUGUCAGCCACAUUUGGGGACUAGAAGACGGGGGAGGGGCACAUUCGUUUGGAUCCCCAGCACUGGAGGGAUUGGCCUACUUUAGACAUGGUCCUGAGCUGUGUGAGUGUCCUGGUGGGGGAAGGCCAACCUUGUACCCCCAACACGCCUCUCCUCGUUCUGCCCCAGUACAAUAAUGACGAGCGGAGUUUUUCCUGGCUGCAUUGCAGCCGCAUCCUGCGUGAGGCUCAGCGCCUGCCCCCUUUUGCCCUCCUAUAUUCAGAGCACUGGUGGAGAAUGCAGCUGCAUUUUUAAUAAUGAUAAAUGCUACUUAAUAUAUUCAGCUUAUUUAAAGUGUUGAAGAAAUAAAACGUGAUGCCUGUCA